AUGGUUCAGUACUUCAACAACCAUGGGGUUGCUCCUGAGAAAAUCAAUAUAUUACAAGCGGUGCAUCUAAUAUCAAGCGCGUGGGAUGCGGUAACCCCACAAACGAUAGUCAACUGCUGGCGGAAAGCGGACAUUUGUGGUGGAAGCGCAAUUCAAAAUGCCGACUCCAACUCCAACUCUUCACCUGAACAGCGACCCGAAGACCAAGUGCAACAUUUUGUUGCUUCCCAACGUACACGUUGUCAGAUUGCUACUAUGCGCCGCAUUUUUGACCCUCUAUCAGAUUUCCAAGUAUCCGACCCUACAUGGGGAGAAAGAUUUGAGGAGUUUUUUUCCUUCGACGAAGAUACUGUUCAAGAGAGUACAAAUUCAGAAAGUGGAGAGAAUGCACUACCAAGCGCAUCGCAACUUCUAAAAGCAGGAAUUGCAUCAGGCAUUCUCCUGCAACUUGAAGACCCGUCCCAGCUUGACCAAUAUGAUAGAAUAGAUAAUGAAGAAUCCGAAACCAUGAGCAUACAGACAGAAAGCGACAACAUCCCAGCUCCUUUAGCAAUUGUUACAACUGAAGGUGCAAUCUAUUAUGCAUCAGAGCUUUUCCACUACCUCCAGUCUCUUAAAACGACAGAGCUGUAUAGUAACGGGGGUUAA